AUGGGCGUUGGGGGCGGCGGUGGCUGUCGAGUGCGGGCCCGCGACCAGGAACAGCUCCCAGGGCGGGCGCGUCGGACUUCCGAGGCGGCGGCUUCUGCCUCUUGUGCCGCCGCCGCCGGAGCUGCGGCUGCCGCGGAAGUUAAUUGCAACUUGACUUCAAGUUGUCUUCUUUCCCCAUCCGAAGGGGAAGGGGCCGGCGGGAGCUGCUCUCCGCUCGGCGGUCGCCGCGCCGGCAGUCUGGAGGCGCACCGGAGCGGCCGGGGCGCCCCCCGCGGGAGCCCGCAGCUCCCCGGGACGCGCAUCCAGCCGCGGCUCCUUUCGGCCGGGCACGAUGCGCCCGGGGGCUCGGCAGACCCCACGUCGCUGCGGCUCCCGAGCUUGUGCGACGCGGGCUGGCCGGCGGGGCUGCGAGGGCCCGGCCCGCCUCCCCAGCGCCCGCCCCGGCUUCUCCCCCUGGCGGUGGAGCCUCAGCGGCCGCCGGCUACACUGAGCGCGCUGGAGCCCGAGCCGAGCCGAGCCCGAGCCGCUGCCGCCGCCGCCGCCGCGCGCCGCUCCCAGGCUCCCUCCCAGCGCGCCGGCCGGGGUGUGGGGGGCGGCGGGCCGGAGGGACGAGGGCGGGCGAGAGGCGCGAGCUGGGAUUGGCGCCGAAGACCGGACCCUCAGACGCUAGGGAUGAGAGGAAGUACACAUCCUGAAGUUCCUGGUUGGAAUGUAUUUUUGAAGUUGAUUUGUCAAGCCAAACCUUUAGGGGCUAUCACGGCAAACACCUUAAGUGAAGGGGAACUCACCACUUAUACCUACCUCAAGGUAGAGAUUUUAUCUACAGAAGAGUUACUACAGGAUGAGAAAACUGAAACACUGAGAAGUCGAGUAGCUUGCUGAAGAAUAUGUAGCUGGUGAGUAGAGAAACAGACAUUUGAACCAGGCUCUCUGGCCACACAACCUGCACUUGAACCUGCCCUGGGCUGCUGGAAACAACCUAAAUAGCUAACAGCUGGAGACUUGUCAAGAUGUUGCAGGUCUCUGCUCUUAUAAGACCGGCUGCAGAACCCAGGGCUGAACCCGGGUAGGGGUCUGGAAAAGACCAAAGGGGAGCUUGCAUGUGAGAUCUCUUUGGGAACCCUGAAGCACUCUGUUAAUGAAAAGGGUAAAUUUUUUCUCUCUUCCCUUAUACCAUAAACUCCAUGAAAGCAUUUGACAGGAUCAGUUGUGUCGUCUUUAAAAAGAAAUGUUCGAUAAAGUAUAUACAAAAAAUCAUAUUAUAAACCUUAAGUCUUUGUAAUUUUUAUUGCCAAUUAUACGUCAACAAAAAGGGGGAAGUUAUAAAACAAUGAAUCAUUGAUUGAGUGAACGAAUCCAUGAAUUUUGUGGACUGAAUGUCUGUGUCCCCCCAAAAUCCAUAUGCUGAAAUCCCAUCUCCAAUGUGGUAGUAUUAGGAGGUGGGGGGUCUUUAGUAGGUAAUUAGGUUUAUAUGAGGCCAUGAGGGCAAAGCCCCAUGAUGGAAUUAGCCCUUACAAGAAAAGGAGGAGACACCAGCAUGUUCUCUCUCCACCAUGUGAUGAUACAGUGAGAAGGCAGCCAUCUACCAGCCAAGAAGAGGGCUCUCACCAAGAGCUAAAUCUACAGGUACCUUGAUCUUGGACUUUCCAGCCUCCAGAUCUGUGACAAUAAACGUCUGUUGUUUAAGCCACCCAGGUGUGGUGUUUGGUUAUAGUAGCCUAAGUGGACUAAGACAGUGAAUAAAUAAAUGAAUGAAACAAAACAAAGGCACAGAGUAGGAGAACAUGCAAUAUGAACAAGGAAUAAAGGGUUGUCUUUGAAUUUAUGUGGUGUAGCUGGGUGUUGGAGUGUAACCCAUUGCUAGGUGGGUGGAUGGAAAGCAGUGGUCCUCAGAGUAAGUUCUGUGGACUGGUAUCAUCUGGGAACUCAUUAGAAAUGCAAGUUCCUGGGCCCCCACCUAGGCCUACUGAAUCUGAAACUCAGGGGUGGGGCGGACAAUCUAUUUCAACAAUCCCUCUAGGUCAUUCUGGUGCAAAGCAAAGUUUUGAGAACCAUUACUUUGUACUAAUGCAGGAAGUUUGGAAAUAAUUCUGCUGUAAAUUCAGUGUUAAUGAAGGUUUUUAGCUGUGGAUGGAUAUAAUCAGAGCUGUAUUUCUAGGAUGAUGAGGCAUGAAGCUUUGCCUAAAAGAAUUUAUGGCUUUGAUGUAAAAAGCACCACUGGAAAUACUGGAAAACACAUUGUAUUCACCAAGCCCCAGAGUGAAAGAUUUUGAUUUUUCCUGAUUCCAGAUAAUAGCCACAUCAUCAGCUAAGAGGCAAAGCAAAGCCGGCAUUAUUCCCAAGCACUGGAGAAACCUGCUUGGUCUACAGAGACCAGACAGGAUGAGAAAGUUUCUGUGAAAAUAAAUCAGUUAACUACUAAAUAUGGUCCUCACUGAUCUCAGGGGGGCCUCUUAGUCCUGACCAGUUACGGGGAAAUAUGAAAUGGAACCUUCCAUAGCAAGACAAAUGGGCAGCUCUUCCUACAACUGGCCUCACUAGCUGAAAAAUGCAGCUCUGUCUUUAGGGCUGGUGGAGACAGGUCUGCCCAAGGGGAAGGUAUUGUAUGGAAGAGAAAUGAAGAGCCUGGGGGGAAAGCAGUUAUCUUAAGAGGGAGUCUAGAAGCCCAAGAUACAAGUGUCAGGUGGGCAAGGAGUAGGGAGGAGAAGGAUGAGGGCUGUUCAGAGUGGUUUGGGGCUGUUGGGAUGACCAAUCAUCUGGGUUUGCCCAGGACUCGGGAUGUUGGGGAUAAUCCCUGUCAAACCAGGGCAGAUGGCCACCCUACAACUCUGCACCCUCAGCUGUAUUGAAGACUUGGGGAGAAGACCUUGUGAAAUCAGGAGAAUCACUGAUCUAAGCCUUGUUUCUCAAAAUAUUGCCUACACACUGGCAAGGUCAGUGGGAGUUUGUGAGAAAUGCAGCUCCUCAGGCCCACCCUAAACCUGCAGGCUCAGACCUGCAUGACUGCAAGAACCCCAGGUGACAUGCAUGCACGUGGGCUGAGAAAGACUGCCUUGGCAGAUCCUGUGAGCCCUGGGUGGAGAGCAGAAUUUCUGGGCUGUGAUAUAGCUGAUGUCCAGGUUGGCCAGAUUCUAAGCUCGACCUGCAUCAACCCUGCCUGGGAGGAGCAGAAACAUGGAGAAGGUUACAUACUAGGGGCACCAGGAGCUGAGAGCAAAGAAGGAAAAGGACAGAUUACACAAAAGAGCCAAGGGGGCCUCCUGAACUAUUAACAGUAGUAGUCGUAGGAAUGUAGGAAAGCCAGAAAUCCAGCAAUUAUGUGGUGAGAGUAAAGCUAGAGAAAUAGUCUUCUGUUCCUAUACUGUGACCCUGUUUUGGUAAAACAACAACAACAACAACAACAACAAGCUGGUGUGGGCUGGGAAAUGAAUUACGCUGCAAAGUGGAGUCACGGCCCUGUGGGUAAGCUUUCAGAGGAAGAUAAAAAAGGAUCACCCACUAAAAGUAUUCAGCUUUAGCAUCUUGGCCUCACUCACUUGUGUAUCACUCAGAAACACAAAGCAAAUUCAGUUUUUUUUCUUUUUCUCUACCUGGUCUGAUCAUCAUGGGUUCCAACUCUGCAUUCUAGCAAGAAUAAUUUAAUUAUUCUUAACACUUAAUUAAUAGUGUUUCUUUUUCUGCAGCUUGAACAUAAUUCUUUGACUUGAAACAUUCUAACCCCUGGUUCUUAAACUCCAAACAUGCAGCAGAAUCACCUAGAGGGCAUGUUAAAACACAGAUUGCUGGGCCCACCCCCAGGGUUUCUGAUUCUGUACAUCUGGUAGCAACUUACAAUUUGCAUUUCUAAGGAGUUCCCGGUCGAUGCUUAUUAUUGGUCCAAGGAACACACUUUGGAACCUCUGAUUCAAGCUGUUCAGCAUGUUAUUCCCAUCCAAAUGUGAAGGGUUUCAAAAGUCUUAGAUUAAUACUUCUAAAAUUGGUUGACCUUUCUGUUCUAUCUUGGAUCAAAUACAUGGUCGUCCUGCGUAUGACGACUAUGCAGCUCAUGUCAUAAGCCACUUGCAGUGCUCGCUCAACACAUCUGCACUGGCCUGUAUCUUGUUCAACAAGACAAGUCUUCUGGUCACAUGCUAGGAUGUCCUGGCAAUGGCGGUUUGUGAUAAAAAUGUCUAAAUACCAAUUCUUACUUGUAUUUAUCUCACUUCAGACCAGUAAUAAUUUGUGGACUGGUACUGGCCCAUAGACCACAUUUUGAGUAAUGCUGUUUAGAUGACUCAGUGUUUCUCAGAUUCUUACCCUCUUCCUUCUCUUUCCCAAGAUAGCAUUUGGGUAUACAGGAUGGCAGGGGUCUUAUUUUAUCCUUGUGGCACCCUUGUAGCAUGCACCAUCCUCUAGAGACUCCAUGAUCCUUGGAUUUUCUCUGGAAUGGGGACCACUGAAAUGAAACGAGGUCCCAUCUAAUCUUUAGGAAUGAUGUGUGCUGCCAUAGCCCUGAACACUUCCCAUAGUACCCAAGUUCCAACCCUGUGGCCUCUUUCCCUGCUCCUAGAUGACUGCUAGUCUACCAGUAGUCUCACUGGGGAAGUAAGAAGUUCCAGAGACUCCUGUUUUCCACGUAAAGGCCAUUAGGAGGCAGAAAUGCCUUCUUUUUGCUUUUUUAAAGAUUUCUUUAUUUAUUUGAGGAGGAGGGGGAGGGGCAGUGGGACAGGGAGAGGAAAGAGAAUUUCAAGCAGA